UUUUAUUUCACUGGAUAAUCAUUUUCGGCCGUUUCUCCGGGUCUUGCCAUGGCGGUUCCGCUGGAAAAUUUCGCCCUCCUCAGUUCAUUAGUUUCCAUGCUUCCCGGCGGGCGACUCCCGCGGCUUGUCUGCGAGGCCGUCCCUCAGGUGUCCCCUCGACCAGCUGGUGAAGGGGGCACAAGCAGGAGUUUUGGAAGGCUAAAGGUGAAGAGAGUAAAAGAUCUAGUUAAAGAAAGUUACAGGAGAAAGAAACAAGGUAGUGACCUUGAAUAUUGUCAACAAAAUGCAGAGAGCCCACCAUCAAAUGUCCCGGAAGUGUCAUCUAAUGAAUCUGAUCAAUUUGAUGAACCGAAGAUUAUUGAAGAUUCUUCCCACUCCCACAGUUAUAUUACGUCUUCAGGACCAGCUGUGUCUUUAUCGGAAUUUUCAGCCACCUCUUCAAAACGAUGGGGAAAUGUAGAAUCUGCUGACAGCUAUAGGUAUAAGGCUGAUAAAAUGCCAAAGAAAGGGCCGAAGAUAAAAUUAAGUGAUGACUUUUUUAGCCGGAAGUCAUUUAAGGAAUUGGGAUGUAGUGAUUACAUUAUUGAAUCUCUGAAUAAGUUACAGUAUGUACAGCCCUCGCAUAUUCAGGCUAUGGCAUUUGCAGCAGUUGCUAGUGGAAAGAGCUGUAUAAUGGCUGAUCAAAGUGGAUCUGGUAAAACUUUGGCAUAUCUGGUCCCGCUAAUACAAAGUCUUAGACAAGAAGAACUUGCGGGGAUUAGCAAACCAAUAUCACAAAGUCCUCGGGUUAUAAUAUUAGUCCCAACUGCCGAGUUAGCUUCUCAGGUUUUGACCUCUUGUCGAUCACUCUCAAAAGCUGGUGUCCCUUUCCGCUCUAUGGUUGCAACUGGUGGAUUUCGACAGAAAACGCAACUGGAGAAUCUUAGAGAGGAAAAGGAUGUACUAAUUGCUACCCCUGGUAGAUUCAUGUUUCUAGUCAAGGAGGGCUUCUUGCAGUUAACUAAUCUUAAAAGUGUUGUACUGGAUGAGGUCGAUAUACUCUAUAAUGAUGAAGACUUUGAGCUUGCUUUACAAAGUUUGGUUAGCGCAGCACCUCUCACAACCCAAUAUCUAUUUGUAACUGCCACACUUCCUGUAGAGAUAUACAACAAGUUGGUUGAGCUUUUCCCUGAUUGUGAAGUUAUAAUGGGUCCAGGAAUACAUCGAACAAGCCCUAAACUGGAGGAGAUCCUCAUAGAUUGCAGCGGAGAUACUGAAGCCGAAAAAACUCCUGAUAGAGCUUUUCUCAACAAGAAAAAUGCUCUUCUGCGGCUUGUUGAGGAAAGCCCAGUAUCAAAAACGAUAAUCUUCUGUAACAAGAUUGAAACUUGCAGGAAAGUUGAAAAUGUAUUAAAACGCCUUGAUCGAAAAGCAAAUAGUACAAAAGUUUUGCCAUUCCAUGCCGCUUUAGAACAAGAAACAAGGGUUGCUAAUAUAGAAGAAUUUCGAAAAUUGCCUUCCAAUAACAUUUCCAUGUUUUUGGUUUGCACUGAUAGGGCAUCUCGAGGAAUCGAUUUUGCAUGUGUAAAUCAUGUAGUUCUCUUUGAUUUUCCUCGGGAUCCAAGCGAGUAUGUACGUCGUGUUGGGAGAACAGCCAGAGGGGCUGGAGGUAAGGGCAAGGCCUUUGUGUUUGCUGUUGGCAAGCAAGUUUCUCUUGCAAGGAGGAUUAUUGAAAGAAAUCAGAAAGGCCACCCAUUGCAUGACGUGCCAUCUGCUUAUGAGGUAAUGAGAUAGGCCGAACGUUGAGGUGGAGCACUGUCACAACAUUGGCACCUCUCUGAAUGCAAUAAGAGGUGUAUAUUGAUGGUUCCUGUAAGUGAAACUUGUGCAUCCAGAUGUUACCAACACAAUGUGUCUUUGAGGUUCAUCCCCUGGUGGCUCAAUGCUCUGAUAAAGCUCAGCUUGCUUACUUGGUAGCGUUGGAAGGCUACUUUACGCGACCGACCCCACCCCAGCCCACUUCAUCUCGGAUGCAGCAGCAUUUGCUUUGAAUUAGAAAUUAACCAUCAGGAGGUAUUUAUUUCUGUUGUGGCUGAGCUGAGCUGACUCCAGUUACAGCUGCUAUGUCAAGAACUGAAAAGCCAAUGUACUGAGUUGUUUGUUUAGGUGGGUUUUCUUUGGUCGUCUUUAAUGUAUUAUCACUGGAGCAAUGAAAUCUCAACAAAUAUUGAUUUUGGAGCA